AUGUCGGAAGUUCAAAUUGCCCCUAAAGAAGUCAUAUACUGUGAAGUUUGCUCAUUUCCUCCGGAGUACUGCGAAUUUGGUGGAACGUUCAACAAAUGUAAAGCAUGGUUGGAAAAGGAACAUCCUCAGCUAUUUCAAAGUCUCUACAGUGCAGAUGCCCUUGCAGCUGCCACUUCGUCUCUUUCGUUGGAAAAAGAAGAAAAGAUUUCCCAGGAUUUGCAGAAGAAGCGUCGAAAGGAGGAGAAGAAACAAGAGAGAGAAUUACAGCAAAAGCUGGCAUCUAAAGUCCUGAUAAAAAAGAUUGCUAGAACUAAGAGGAAGCAAGUCAUUGCCAUAUCUGGCCUAGAAGUUUUCAAUAUUGACAUGAAGAAGUUGGCAAAGACUUUUGCGUCAAAAUUUGCCACCGGGGCUUCAGUAACUAAGAAUCUGGAGAAGAAGGAUGAAAUUAUCAUUCAAGGUGAUGUUGGUGAUGAGGUUGAACAAUAUAUCUUGGAGUUGUUAGAAAAGGACGGGCUAACCGAAGUCAAAGUGGAACAGGUCGAUGAAAAGCCAAAAAAGAAGAAGCCUACUGCGCCAGGUACUGGUACUGGCACCGCUACUUCGACAUAG